GAUCAACCGAUUUUGCGAUGGAUUUUUAUAGUCCGUAGAAUAUAUUGUAUUUACUCCGCUCGCGCGAAGGAUAUAAUGUAAAGGAUAUAAAAAAAAUAUCACAAUGAGUGAGAUUUCCGAAAAUAUUAAUCCAAAGCUCUACAAAAAAGCGAACGACAGAGAAAUCACAGCUGAGGAGCAAAACGAGGACAUCGCCGACGAGUUCGAUGCAAGGGAAAUAUUUGAUAUAAUUAGGAAUAUCAAUGAUCCGGAACAUCCUUUGACCUUGGAAGAAUUAAAUGUGGUGGAGCAGAGUCUUAUAGUGGUCGAUGACAAGGAAAACAAGGUUGAUAUAAAAUUCACUCCAACAAUUCCCCAUUGCAGCAUGGUCACUUUGAUCGGAUUGUCUAUUCGUGUGCAGUUGCUGCGUGCUCUGCCCGCUAGGUUCAAAGUCAGUGUGGAAGUUUCUCCCGGCACACACACCUCAGAAGCAGCGGUGAAUAAACAGCUUGCCGACAAGGAGAGAGUGGCUGCAGCUCUAGAAAAUUCCAUGCUGCUUGGUGUGAUCAAUCAGUGUCUGGCUCCAAGAAAUUAAAUGUACAGUCUAUACAGUUAUUAUUUCUAAUGACUUGGUACAAAGUAUGCUAUUCAAUGUAAAUACGUACUGUAAGAAGAGUUUGGACCUUGGAAUAGUUGUUCGAUUAAAGUACUUUUUAUUUAAUU